UCUAGACAGACCUCUAGACGACAUUUCAAACUGACGCAACCUUCUGUAAGUUUUGUCACGGUAAAGAGUGAAAGCAGUAAAUUACACGUUACUGACACAGAUCGUUGCAUCACACAACACAUUAAGACCUGCGGGGAUUACUUAUCGUCUGGCUUGAUAAGGGAGAAAUUAAGGCGAUAGGAGAACGAAUAUCAUUGACAGUCAGGUGUGGUAAUGGUGGUGGUAUCGUCAGUGUGUGUGUGUGUGUGCGCGCGUGUGACAGCUCUAGUGGCGCUGGUAAGGACUAGGGACGCCACACUGCAAGGGACAUCACACUACGAAAGGCGCCACAUAACACACAAGAUUGUCUACUCGAGGAUAUAAGAUCGUAAAAGGGCAAAAAUCCUUGGCCAGCUCCACCAUGUCAAAACCAGUGAGGACGUGGGCGGUGGUGUUAGCAGCGACUAUUCUUACGGGGAUGGAGCACACAGCCACCGCCAGCUCGGAUUACAACUUAGGGCUCCUUACUGACAUCAUGGCUAAAGAUCCUACACAGUUGUGCCCGUACGUGACAUGCCAGGAGCCAGUCUCGCCCGAGACCUGCCCAGACGGCACAACAUACUUAGAGAACGCAUCGCAGUUCGGGUGUUGCGGCGCCUGCGUUUCCUUCCGCCAGAAUGGCGAGUUCUGCACUGGCAACAUCGAUCCACUGUAUGGCGGAGGCUACACGAGGGGCUCCAGCAAGCUAAGUGACAACGUCUUGGACUCCUUGUAUAAUGUAUCUAAGAACAACAUCCUACAUUCCUCCUGGUGUGACUACAGCUUCCAGUGUUUAUCUAGAGAUAAUAAAAUAUACGUGUGUACAAAACUUAACAUAACCUGUAGGAAUAUGCUUGACAACUAUCUCCGAGAUGUUCUGAGCAGUGACUACAAACCCUACAGAGAUGACUAUCGCUGGGAGCCCGUGUGUAACCGCCAGGGCAAGUUUGACGCCAAGCAGUGUAUGGGGCCCCGGGAUAAACGAAGGUGUGUGUGUGUCGAUCCGGAGGGUAACAGAAUCUUCGGUUUAGCUUUCCCUGAACAAGAAGAACUUUACAGCACGAUGAACUGCAAGUGUUCUCGUGAUGUGUGGGAGAAGAGGCAGGCAGGACAAACCGCAGUCACUCUUCAUUGCGAGGAGAAUGGAAACUAUGAAGAGUUGCAGUGCGAGGACGAAAUGUGUUACUGCGUGGAUCCCACCACAGGGGACAUCUACGGCUCCCGGCUGCCCGAGGAUGCUAUGCACAUGCUCCCUUGCUUCAACAGGACCCUGGCCGGGGAAAAGUACUUGAGGCGGUGUGAUAGCCAACUUUACGCCCAUGCCAAGCUGCUGGAUGCCUUGGCCGAGAGUGGUCUGAGGGGACCUGAGACCCUCGUUACGUGUGACCAGGACGGCUCCUUCUCUGGCAAACAGUGUGACCAGGAUACGUGUCGGUGUUGGGACAAAUAUUUCUAUCAGAAUCUUGCCGUCCAGUCCGGAGAAGACUGUCAAUGCGUCGAGGAUCUCCAGUUCUACAAGGAAAUUAAUGCACUGAUCACCGUUACGUGCAAAGUGAAUUCGGGCGCCUAUGCCGAGGAGCAAAGUCAAGGAAGUUACAAGUACUGCGUGGACGAGGAUGGCAUUCGCUCCGGCCCACUGGUUCAUGUUAACAAAAACGAUGAUUACACUUUGGACUGCGACAACGCGAAACGGUGCCAAAAAUACGGAUUAAGUGAUACUUUGGAUGGCUGUCUCAAUGUGUGUCUCACUAUUAAGGGAGACCCGUGUCCCGAUGAGGCCUACCCUGCCUUCAGUCCGCCAUAAGUCUGAUGCUUCCUCAUCGACUUGCUAUUCGCAAAACAUUUAACGAGAACUUCAGUAACAAAGAGGUACAGCCAUGCAGGGAUCAGCAAGACAAGGAAGACUGAAUGUGAAGCCGCUACCAAGAUCCACCAUUUUCCAAACCUUCCCUUGUUCCCUUUAACUUCGUAGGUCCUUGGUUUCCAAAGAAUAAUUGCAAGAACAUGAAACAAGACCUUAUAAUGAAAAGUUUGAAGUGACUCUAGUCUAGUGAGAGAUAAUGUUCCUAUGUAACUACAAACAUUAUCCGAUAACACUUGUAGAAAAAAAAAUCGAAAAGCCCCAUAAAAAGCAAGACUACAUUAUUUCAGCAGAUGAUCUAUCUAUACUAUUCUUAGCCUAUUAACUAGAAUUACCCUUAUGGAUUACUGCAAUAAAUACUACGGUUUUUAA